UUGAGAUAGGGAGUGCACUAGUUGCCAUUUUAAACCAGAAUAUUUAGGAAAAAAGAAAAAAAGAAAGAAAAGAAAAGACAUACGCACAAGCCGGAAGGAACCCUACUCCGGGAGAUCUAACCAGCUUCACUCCCUAAGUUUCAAACAGAUCUGAGUAUUACUUGCAUUUGUGGAAUGUAGAGCUUCCUUCUGGUUGCCCCAAUCGGUCUUCUUCAACCUUCUGCUGAAAAAGCCUCCCAAAGCACCAUCAGCUCGUUGCAACUAUUCCAUCAUCAGCGGACUCACCACUCUCAACUCUUUCCAAACCACAUUCCGACGCCCUCAUCCCUUCUGUUGUGCAUCUAGCACGGCCUGAACUUCACACCAAACUUCGCACCUUUAUCUCCUUCCGCAGUAUCCAGAGGCACCACCAGUGUUCGAGGCCUUUGACCUCUUAUCUGGUCAAACACUCGUCCUGUGAACUGUUCGCUAUCGAGUGGUCGCCACUUGAUUCAUCUCCAGGGAUGAUGUAUCCUUCUGUAUCUUCACUUUUGCAUGAUCAAACAAUUAUAUCCAUGGCCAAGGAAACAGUAGUUCAGCGUUGCAUCUCAAAUGAUUUGCAGAAACCUUCUUAUGUUUGAUCAGCACCAAAAUGGGGCAGUUUUGUGUUAAAAUUUCACGGUUGCUGCUUUUAUACUUCAUACUUCCAUGCACUUUCUUACAAGUCACCCGCCCUCUUAGCCCUGAUGGUGAAGCACUUAAUAACUUUAGAAUAUCAACAAUGAGCUCAGAUGGCGUGCUUAGACAUUGGAGACCCGAAGAUGCUGAUCCCUGUGGUUGGAAUGGAGUGGAGUGUGACCCAAAAUCCAAGCGUGUUACAUCCUUGAGCCUCCCUAAUCUCAAGUUAAGUGGACCUAUAUCACCAGAUAUUGGGAAGCUAGAGAAGUUGCAAUUCUUAGUGCUUCACGACAACAACUUUUACGGGGCAAUACCUCCUGAGCUGGGAAAUUGUACGGUGUUGAGAUCAUUGCUUCUGCAGGGUAAUUAUUUAAGCGGCAUUAUUCCGGAUCAAAUGGGAAACCUUUCUGAUCUUGAAAAUAUGGAUCUUUCAAGCAACUCUCUCAGUGGAAAUAUUCCUCAAUCACUUGGGAAGUUGGGUAAACUGAUAUCAUUCAAUGUUUCAAAUAAUUUUCUGACCGGUCAAAUACCUUCUGAUGGCCACCUUGCAAACUUCAAAAAUGCCUCUUUUUUUGGAAAUCGUAAUUUAUGUGGACAACAAAUUAAUUCAGUAUGCAGAAAUAAUGCUGGAGGUCCUACGCCACCCUCGCUUCCUCCCAAUCCCGGCAAGAAAAAAGCUGGGCAAGUGCUAAUAAGUACAUCUGCUACUGUGGGUGCUUUGCUUUUGGUGGCUUUGAUGUGUUUCUGGGGCUGCUUCCUCUACAAGAGAUUGGAUAAAAAUGAAAGUGGAAGCCUGGCUAGGGACGUUGGGGCAGGUGCUUCAAUUGUAAUAUUUCAUGGAGAUUUACCAUACUCAUCAAAGGAUAUAAUAAGGAAUCUGGAAUCACUGAAUGAAGAACACAUAAUUGGUUCUGGGGGAUUUGGAACUGUCUACAAGCUUGUAAUGGAUGACGGCAAUGCAUUUGCUUUGAAACGAAUUCUCAAAAUCAAUGAGGGAUUUGAUAGGUUUUUUGAAAGGGAACUUGAAAUUCUUGGUAGCAUUAAACACAGACACUUGGUAAAUCUGCGAGGAUAUUGCAAUUCUCCAACAUCAAAGCUGUUAAUAUAUGAUUUCUUACCUGGAGGUAGCCUGGACGAAGUUUUGCAUGAGAGAUCUGAUCAAUUAGACUGGGAAACACGAGUAACUAUAAUAAUGGGAGCUGCAAAAGGGCUUGCAUAUUUGCACCAUGAUUGUGCACCUAGAAUCAUCCACCGCGACAUAAAGUCUAGUAACAUUUUGCUAGAUGGGAAUUUUGAGGCACGUGUAUCUGACUUUGGAUUGGCCAAAUUACUCGAGGAUGAGGAGUCACACAUAACCACAAUUGUGGCAGGCACCUUUGGUUAUUUAGCUCCAGAAUACAUGCAAAGUGGUCGAGCCACAGAGAAGACAGAUGUUUACAGUUUUGGCGUUCUGGUUCUUGAAAUAUUGAGCGGGAAGCGUCCAACUGAUGCAUCAUUCAUCGAGAAGGGUCUAAACAUUGUUGGUUGGUUGAAUUUUCUUGUGGCUGAGAACAGGCAACAAGAAAUAGCAGACCCAAACUGUGAUGGAGUGCAGACAGAAAGCUUUCAUGCGCUCCUCACCAUUGCAAUACAAUGUGUGUCUUCGAACCCAGAGGAUAGGCCCACCAUGCACCGGGUACUCCAAAUACUUGAAUCUGAAGUCAUGACCCCUUGCCCCAGCGACUUCUACGACUCCAGCUCUGAAUGAUUGGUUGAUUGAUUUAUUGAACAUCUUCAAAAUGAUAUUAUCUGCUGCUUCACAACGCAAUAGAAUAUGCAGAUGGGCACAAGAUCUGAAAUGUGACUAUUCAGAUCCCAUUUUUUCAUUCGUUCUGUGGGUUUCCUUGGAAUCACAUUGGCCAAUUUGUGGUGACGUUGUUUGGCUCUGUUUGAAAUCCUUGUGGUGUCCACUGUUUUAUAAUGUUUUUCCUUUAUUUUUAAUUAUUAUUGUUCUAUCUGAAUUGUAUAAUACUGCUUUUCUUAUUCUUUUUCUCUUGAGAAAUUUGGCUGUAUCUGAAUUGUAUAAUAUUGCCCGCUGCCAAUUAAUCCUCAUUAUGUAAUUAUUAUUAUUGUUGUUUUUACUAUUAUUGUUAUAAUGCUAUCACAUUUUACAAGUUUGAUUUUAAAA